GAGGGACGGAGUGAGAAAGGAGAGAGACGCCAGUUGGAUGGAAAGAGAGACACUUUUAAGGCACCUGUACUUGUUUAAAGGUGAAACAAACAAAGAGGAGUCAUCUAUCAAACCGUCUGGAGUAAUGGAAUUACUUAUCUUAUAGUGGAAGGAUACAGAAAUCUGUUGCCAAGGACAACCACCUGCUCCUGAAGAAGGAUUUGGAUCACCUCUUUAUUUUUAGCAGCAUAUUAAGUCGAACUAACCAUUGGAUGUGUGUGUUUGUGUACGUCUGAGUGAGUUAGUAUGUGUGUUGUACAAGGUCAGAACUGUUUUGGGAUUUGCUUGUGAGUGUAAGAGGAAGCCACAUGGGGCCCAGACCCUGUCUGGGAUGCCAGCCGCCACAGUGAAGCCUAGUCCGGAGGACAUGGUAGCGGAGGGGGGAGGCGAAGGAGUGUCCCAGUGGGAAGCCUCACCGCUGGAGCGGGACAGGCUGUCUCUGCCCUCUUUGAAGGUCCCCAGGGAGCUGCUGCGGAGCUUCCCACACUCCAAACGGGUGGGAUCCUACCUGGUGGGCAAAAUGAUCAACAAGGGCUCAUUCGCCAAAGUCAUGGAGGGGCUGCACAUUGGCACUGGAGAAAAGGUGGCCAUUAAGGUGAUUGAUAAGAAAAAAGCUCGGCAGGACACGUACGUGCUGAAGAACAUGAAGAGAGAACCUCGUAUUCAUCAGAUGGUCCGACAUCCUCACAUCGUAGUGCUGCUGGAGACUCUGGAGACAGAGAACAGCUACUACAUGGCCAUGGAGCUGUGUGCAGGAGGAGACCUGAUGGACAGGAUCUGUGAGAGGAAGAGGCUGGAGGAGAGGGAGGUGCGACGCUACACCCGACAGAUCCUGUCUGCAGUGGAGCACCUGCACAAACAUGGCAUCGUGCACAGAGAUUUGAAGAUUGAAAACUUCUUGCUGGACGAACAUAACAACAUAAAGAUUGUAGAUUUUGGCUUGAGUAACACUCUGAAGGCAGAGUCGUUGUCUCUGGAGCUCCUCAACACCCAGUGUGGAAGUCCCGCCUACGCAGCCCCAGAGCUGCUCGCUCACAGGAAGUACGGACCCAAAGUGGACGUCUGGUCUGUAGGUGUGAGCAUGUUUGCCAUGCUGACGGGAACUUUGCCCUUUGCUGUCGAGCCGUUCAACAUCAAACAGCUUCACCAGAAGAUGGUGAACGGGGACAUCAGCAGCAUCCCCAGUGACGUCAGCAAAGGGGCCGUGUCAUUCGUGCUGUCUCUGCUGGAGCCAGAUCCAACCAAGAGACCCAGUGUCAGAGCUGCGAUGGAGGAGCGAUGGAUCAACGAGGGAUAUGCCAAGAAACCACUGCACACACUCGCUCAUAAAAACAGAUUGUGUGCAGAGGAUCUCAACCCGUCUGUGUUGGCUUACAUGACGGAGACGCUGGGCCACUCCCACUCUGAAAUCAUUCACACGCUCACCAGCAACCGACCAUCCGCCAUCAUGGCCUCAUAUCAUCUGCUGCUCAACAAGCUCAACAGGAACCAGAGAGGAGCCAAGGCCAGCAAGAAGCUGCAGACCAAUGACUGGAGUCUUCCCAGUAAGAACACAUGGAGGGAGAAGAAUAACACAGAAUCAAAGACUCACCAACAGAAUGAACCAACCAGUGAAAAGAGCUCGAAGCACUCCAGCAGACCUCUGAGGGCCCAACAGGCGACUGAAUAUCAGAGCAGCAGGAGAAAGACUGAGGACCUUCACCGGAAGAACAACAGAGGCGAUGAUGAGAACCGCCCCCCUUCUCCCUCUCUGCCCCAGCUACCUCGCUCUGCCUCCCCCUCGAUACCCCCUCGCCUUCCCUCACGCUCUCCCGCCCCUGAGGAGAUCGCCAUUACUGUAGACACAAGAGAGACACUGUUUCCUGAGGUGUCUGUGUUUAGAGAAAGGGAACUCGUCCAUCUCUCUCCCCCUGAAAGCUCUGCCUCUCAACUCUGCGACUCUGACCCCUGCCAAGUCCCCCUCCCCGUUGAUCCAAUCAGAGACAGCAGCCCGGUGAGACCUAUCCGACACACACACCUGCUCAGGACAACUCGGUCGGACGGGGCAGCAGACCCUGGGUCGGAUUGUUUCCAUGACAAACGCCACCAGGAUGACCACUCUCAUCACCUGAGCAUCAACGAGCGACUGGAGAAGCUGCAGACGUUUUAUUCGUCAGAGAAGAAUGGCAUCUCCCCCAGGAUGCUCCUGGAGGCCGACACGCACGCCACACACUCCUCAGACAGAGUCCACCUGGGCUCCAUGGAAACAACCCAGACGUCCCCCUCCGUCCCCCUGCCACGCUUGCGCAAUGUGGGGCUAAAAGACGGAAGAGGCAGGAAGAUGACGUGGGUGGGGUUGACGCGACCUGGACCCCCAGGACUCCUGGUCAAUGGGUCUAAACCCCCCGCCUUCCCCUCGCAGAGACAACACACUCUUGUCAUCAAGAGCCUGAGACAGGAGAGGGGGAAGAGGAGGGACCUGUUGGCAGCAGGGGCAGGGGGAGAGAGAGGGACGGCAGGAGGAGUGAUGAGUGGAGCAAAGAGGAACUCGGUUCAGUUACGGUCGUCUCUCCAGCGUCGGGUGGCUGACCUGAACCUGCCGCUGCUGCCUGCUGCCCUGCAGGGGAAAAGUGACAAGAAGAACCAGCUACACAGUAUGAACUACUGACACACAGAUAGGACGGCAUUACAGAGCAGCAUUGUUUUGACAAGGGAGACAGGGAGUAGCUAAUUCAGAAAUACCAGCUUGUAAAUGUGGCCGACAGAGAAGACUUCUUAUGAAUGGUCAGAUGUAGUUACAGUAGUUAUAGCUGCAACGUAUGCAGUACUGAGAUAUUAGGACUGUGCAGAAACAGGAUGAAAUGUGCAAACUGCAGCUACUAAAAGAAAGUUUAAUAUUCUCCACUUCAACUGAUGCGGUCAUGCAUCACUCAUCCACAAGACUCCGUCCCAAACACCACACAGUAUGUACAGUUUAUAUGCUGCAGUGCCAAAAAUGUAAACUCAGACUAAGCUCCUCAAACAUGGCGUUCAAGACUUUUUUUUUUUAUAUCAUUGAACCAUUAUCCUCCCCGAUUUCAACAUGGUACGUUCCUCCCAUCACAAUGUGAAGUGCAAGAUACGCCCUGACUCAUGGUUCUGUUUGUAUUCACUGUUCUUAACCACAUUUUUGUAAUAACAUUGAAAGUCAAAGUAAAAACAAAAGCUCUAGAUUCUA